CCCUGGGGGGGGGGGGGGUACCGCAUUCCUAUUUCUGUACCGCACCGUAUGAAGGUCUACCGGUAUUGGGAUUGUCCGUAUUGGGCGGCCUGUGUGUGGGCAUGAUGUUGGGAUAUAAAUCAUACGGUCUUUCACCAUUUCUCACCUCUCCACCAUCAAACUUUCCGUUCCCUACACACCACCCCUAGCCUCAAGUUCAUUUUCCAGCAAAUAAACCUUUACAGCAAACAGCAGAAUGAGGUUCCUUUCACUAGCCCUCCUCGCAGUACCAGCCCUCGCUCAGGACCUCAAACAGGCCCUGGAAGGAACACCGCAGGGAAGGCAGAUAGCAGCGGAUAUCGGUAAUGACAAAAGAGCCCAAGAUGCGCUCGUCCCACCAGGCAAGAGUCAAGUGACCCUCUUCCUGCCAACGGACAGAGCACUGGAGAACCACCGAAGCAAUGCCCCACGCCCGGGUCAGAAGUCAAAGCGAGAUCUGCGGCCAGAAGAGUACGUCAUUGCGGAAUACUCGAGUGUCGACGGCAAGCUUUUGACGGGAGACAUGGCCGGGGGUAAAAUCCUCCCUUCACAGAAUAAAGACUCGACUACUGGGAAGCCGAAUGAUGUGGUUACAGAUGGCCAGGGCAGUGCGAGGCAACAACCGAGUCGGUUGAUGGCGAGAACCAACGUAACCUACCCUGAUAUACCUCUGCCUGAUGUAUCUAUAUUCGGAGGAUUGGGUGUAGAGGCGAGGCUUGUUGUUGGGGACAUUGUGUUUGAUAAGGGCGUGAUUCACCUUGUUGAUACGUAUGUAUUCCUCCUCCACCUCCUCUUCUCCUUCUCCUUCCCCACUCUAGCCAAUACACCCGGAAACUAACAAGGUUCCCUAGUGUCCUGGAUGUCCCCAAACGGUGCUCAACCACCAUCGACUUCCUCGGUUACAAAAAAUUCAAAGCUGCCCUCGCGGCGGCUGGUCUGUUGGACGCAAUCGAUCAACCGACCACCACGCUCUUCGCCUAUGCCGACGACGUAUUCACCAGUACAGCGGAUUGCACCGCGAACACGCUCAAGCAAAACAUCGUCCCCGGUUUUAUCGCUUACUCGCCCAAGUUGGACGAUAUCAAGACUUUGACCACCGCUGCGAAUACCACACUCAAAGUAAGCUUCAAGGAUGGGCGAUUCUUUGUCGGUGAUUCGCCGAUUAUAAAGUCCAAUGUUAUUUGCAAUAACGGGGUUGUGCAUACCCUGGGCAAGGUACGCCUCUUUUUUUUCCCCCUCUUUUCAUACCUCCUCCCCUUCCGGGCGGGAGAGUGAAGCGGAGCAACUAAUGGUUUGGAAAUAGUUGCUUGCCCCCCCAAUAGUGACGUACCAGCCUGGUUCCGACGCUGCGAGCAGUCGUGUCAACCAGAUGACCAUCGUAGGGGCAAUUUUUUUGGCAGCGUGGAACUAUCUUGUUUAAUCAAUCCGGGGCCAUGGUCCUUCCCAGCAAGAUGUUUUCAAUUUCACUCUUCUUCCUCCCCCAUUUUCCAUAGUUGUUUCCAUUGUCACCUCCUCAUUGAAUUCGGGUUCUUUCUCUCUUUCUUUCCCUCUCUUCCCCUCCAAUCUCUUGACCGACUAUUUACUCUUCCCGGGCCAUACAAAAUGCAUAAAGCGACGACAGUAAUGGAUCCACGACAAUGCGCCGGAAAACCCAAGAAUGGAGAAGUACCGCUAUGACUCUUUGCCGGAUUUUUUUUUUUUCCUUCUUCUUCCUUUCCUUUCCUUUCCUUUCUUUCCUUUCUUUUUUUUUUUUUUUUUGUCUCCCACUUCCUUCAUCAGAGGGAGAGAGAGAGAGAUUAAGUGUUCCAGCCGGUAUAAUAACGAAUUAAAAGUACAGUACUAUAACCGAUAAAUUAGUAAUUU